AUGUGUCCGAGCGCGCAACUUCAAGAGCGCCUUAUCCUCUGUGUGGCCAGUUCAUGUACGGCCAAGGAAACCCUCACCGCCACGCAUGAUAUCAACACCAGUUGCGGCGUUCCUGUCCAAGAUCAGUCCAAGACGUUUUCCGGCGUCACCAUUGCAUUCACGAUCCUGGCAGCAGUCAGUGUCAUCCUGCGAAUCUCGCUGAAACUAUCGUACAUGCGAACCGACAUCGGGCUCGAUGACUACCUGAUCGUUAUCAGCAUGCUAGGAGGCAUCGCAUACUGCGCGUUGAACGAAGCCGGGUUGGUCCCGAAUGGACUGGGAAAGAGUGAGUGGUCGCUUUCCUUCGACCAGAUCACCCGUGUUCAGAUCUACCUCUAUGCCACGGCGGCCCUGUACGUGUUUGACGUCGCGGUGACGAAGCUCUCGAUGCUCGCCUUCUACGGGCGCCUAUUCCCCACGCUCGUUGUUCAACAUCUCGCCCGGGGCACUUUUGCUUUUGUUGUUCUGUGGGGUACGGCAUACGGCUUCUUUUCCCUCUUCCAGUGUCGGCCUGUCAGUUACUUUUGGACCGAGUGGGACGGCGAACAUUCAGGGAAAUGCGUUGGCAGUCUUCGUGUAAUUUUGUCCCACGCGUCCUUGGGCAUCGCUAUUGAUGUCUGGAUGAUCAUUAUCCCGCUCUGGCAGCUGGCUCGUCUUAACAUGGACUGGAAGAAGAAGAUGGGUGUUGUGCUGAUGUUCCUCGUGGGUACAUUUGUCACGGUGGUUAGCAUCAUCCGCCUGGUCGAGAUAGCGAACGCCUCGCAUCAAACUGAUCCCAUUUUCGACCAGUGGCGCACGUCCAUGUGGUCAACCCUCGAAAUCUACACGGGCAUCAUUUGCACCUGCAUGCCCGCGAUGCGACUGGCAAUAUUCAGAGGCGCCAAGUACGUACGGAGGCGUACCGCUAGCGUAGGCAGUGGCCUGAAAAAGUACACCAGGACAAUAGAGAGGAGGCAGCAGUCCCUGAUCUCAGGAGAGGAUAAGGGCGUCAUCAUGCUCUCGAGAACACUAGACGUCCAGUAUCAAGAUAUCGAGGACAAUAGAAUCUAUCCCAUGCAGGAUAUAGAGACAGCGCAAGGGCGGGAAGUACAUAGCACUCAGAAUCUUGUUUAA